AUGUCGUCCUUCAAAGUUGCAGCUUUAGUUAUGUUGGUGGGUAUCAUAUUGGAGACCUCUUCGGCUCAGCUCAGCCCUACAUUCUACGACCAAACAUGCCCUAAUCUAUCCACCAUCGUUAGAGACGCGGUGAGCCAGGCACAAGAAGGCGAUGUUCGAGCAGGAGCCAAGCUCAUUCGUUUUCACUUCCACGACUGUUUCGUCGACGGUUGUGACGGGUCGGUUCUACUGAAGGACGCACCGGGCAUAGAGAGCGAGCUAGACGCUCCUCCGAACCGAGGAAUCCAAGGCCUCGAAAUUGUGGACAAAGUCAAAGCCGCAGUGGAAGCUGCCUGCCCAGCCACCGUCUCCUGCGCGGAUAUCUUAGCCAUUGCAGCUCUUCAAUCUGUCCUACUGACGGGAGGGCCGAGUUGGGAAGUUCAAUUUGGAAGAAGAGACAGCAGAAUAGCAAACAGAAGUGGAGCCGAAAGCGGCCUCCCAUCCCCUUUCGACAGCCUGCCCAAACUCAAACUGAAAUUCGCAGCAGUUGGGCUCGACUCCACAGACCUCGUGGCUUUAUCUGGAGCCCAUACCUUCGGAAGGGCGAAAUGCAGAGUCUUCGCCCAACGUCUCAACAAUUUCAACGGCACCGGAAGCCCAGACCCGACCCUCGACCCCACAUACCGGGACGAGCUCGUCGUGGCUUGCCCCACCGGCGAGCUCAACAACCAGAUCGCGCUCGACGUCACCACACCCGACGCCUUCGACAAUUCCUACUUCACCAAUCUCCGAAACAAGCGUGGCCUUCUACAGUCUGACCAGGAGCUCUUCUCCACCUUCGAUGCCGCCGAGACCAUCGCCAUCGUCACUGGUUUUGCAGGCAGCCAAUCUGAUUUCUUUGCUCAGUUUGGUCGCUCCAUGAUCAACAUGGGGAACAUUAGCCCUCUCACCGGCACCGAUGGGGAAAUUAGGUUAAAUUGUGGCCGCGUUAAUCCCUUGCCCACCAUUGCCGACGAAUAA